CGGCACUCUCUACGAUUACAUGAGCGCCCGUUGAAACGAGGGUGUCCAGCCUUGCAGUUCGGAGGCACGCAAUCGAAGUGAACCUGUAAUCCGACGGAAGGCCAACGGUACCUGCGAAACUUCUGGGUCGUCCGCAGCAACGUUACAAAUGCGAUCAUUUGAGUGGAUUGCGGCCCCACUACCCUGACCCCCUUGUGACAUUGUCCCGUCUGGCCCACUCAAGCACCCGCCUUCCCCCAGUUUCCCGCUUAAAAGACGAGACAUCGACAAUCGUGCGGAUACAUCAACUCGACAUCUCAACACGAUGUCAACUCUCUCCAAGCUCCCCCUUCGCAGACUGGGCCGCAAUGGCCCUGAGGUCAGCGCGCUCGGUCUCGGUACCAUGGCUAUCGGUGCCUUUUACGGCAAGACCGACGUGAACGCGGCGAUGAAUGCGCUCACCUACGCCGCGGACCGCGGCAUGACGUUCUGGGACUGCGCGGAUAUCUACGGAACCUCUGAGGCAACUCUCGGCAAGUGGUUCAAGGAGACCGGCCGGCGAAACGAGAUCUUCCUCGCGACCAAGUUCGGCGGAUGGGACCCGGCCAAGGGGUACACCAGCGGCGCGAUCUCCCGCCCAUCCUACGUCAAGCAUGCCGUCAAGCGCUCGUUCGAGCAGCUCGGCGUCGACCACAUCGAUCUCUUCUACCAGCACCGCGUCGACCCCAAGGUGCCCAUCGAGAUCGUCUUCGAGGCUCUGCGCGAGUACGUCGAGGCCGGGAAGAUCAAGUGGCUCGGCCUCUCCGAGUGCAGCGUCGAGACGCUCGAGCGCGCCAAGGCCGUUCCCGGGCUGGGCGAGAAGCUCGUCGCGGUGCAGAUGGAGUACAGCCCGUUCACCCUCGAGAUCGAGAAGGACGGGUUCGCGGCCGCAGCGGACAGGCUCGGUGUGUCGGUCGUGGCGUACAGCCCGCUUGGCCGGGGCCUCGCCAGCGGCAAGUACCGAUCCCGAGCCGACUUCGAUGAGACCGAUCUGCGCCUCUGGCUCCCCCGCUUUUCCGAAGAGAACUUUCCGAAGAACCUGUUGGUCGUGGACAAGCUGCAGGAGAUCGCGAACAAGUACGGCGCGACGCCGAGUCAGGUCACUCUGGCGUGGAUCUUGGCCGAGCAUCCUACGUGGGUGGCUAUUCCGGGCUCGCGGACGGCCGAACGUAUCGAAGAGAACGCACGCGGCGCCGAGCUCGUCCUUCCUCCCGAGGCGAUUAAGGAGAUCCGCGACCUCACGGAGAACGCAGAGGUGGUCGGCGCGCGUUACCCUGACUCGACAAUCGCGACUGUGGAGGGCAACUGUCUGCCACUCAAGGAGUGGAAAGGGGAGGAGAACCUGUAAAUGUGAUGGAUGACUGUGCAUUGCCAUGCAAAUGAUAGGAACUCGGACGUAUGAUGUGAUGCUGGAGCCAAUGACUGAUCCUGCCCCUUGCAUCAUACCCCAUCUACUGGCUCAUGUCAUGUCUCUUGUGCAUGCUCAGGGGCACAUGUCUGUCGUGGAAGGGGGAGCAGAAGCGUAUGUCAUGUAUAAGACAACGUGCACUACAGCCAUGCACAUGUAGAGUACAGCGAUCAAGCCAAGUGCCUGCUUGCAACACAAGGGACCAUGUAUGGCUUCAAAAGUCGUGAUUUUACAGUAACCAUGCUGCAACCGUGCUCAACCAUCUCACCGUCGUACCGCGUCGUUUACAUGUACCCAGAUGCUCCUCGAUUAAGCCGUCCACUCGAGCAAGGCU